UGACGAAAAAAUAAUACAGCUUUCCUCUUCUCCAUCUCUCCUUCCAAGUACUGAAAGCCUGAAAUCAUGAAUUUUCUUUCAUGGGUGGCUAUUGCAGCAGUUGUUGCAGUUUUAAUUCAAAUAUCUUCAUCAUCUGAGAACCAAGAAACUCCUUCAGAGGCUGUAAAAAUCAUUGAGUUGCCUGGGCAACCAAAGGUUAAUUUCCAGCAGUUCUCAGGAUACAUCACUGUGGAUGAAAAGCAAGACAGAGCUCUGUUUUACUAUCUUGUUGAGUCAGAAAUAGAACCAGCUUCUAAGCCUCUUGUUCUUUGGUUAAAUGGAGGGCCAGGUUGUUCAUCAAUUGGAGCAGGGGCAUUCUCUGAGCAUGGACCCUUCAGACCAAGUGGAGACAUAUUAGUCAGAAAUGAGUAUAGCUGGAACAAAGAAGCAAACAUGUUAUACUUAGAGACACCAGCAGGGGUAGGUUUCUCUUAUUCUGCUAAUUCCUCCUACUAUAAAGUCGUGGAUGAUGAAAUGACUGCCAGAGAUAAUUUUGUGUUCCUGCAACGGUGGUUUGCCAAGUUUCCAGAAUAUAAGAACAGAGGUUUCUUCAUCGCUGGAGAAAGCUAUGCUGGUCAUUAUGUCCCACAACUUGCGCUACUCAUUGUUCAGUCCAACAAGGACAAGCAAUUCAAUCUGAAAGGCAUCGCUCUUGGAAAUCCUCUUUUGGAGUUCACAACUGACUUCAAUUCAAGGGCUAUGUUUCUUUGGUCUCAUGGUUUGAUUACAGAUUCAACAUAUGUCGCGUUCACUUCAGUUUGUAACUUCACUCGCUACGUGAGUGAAUCUUUCAGAUUCUCUGUUUCCUCUGUUUGUGUGGGAGUGAUGGAUCAGGUCAGCAGAGAAGUCAGCCAAUAUGUUGAUCAGUAUGAUGUCACACUUGAUGUCUGUCUGUCAUCCCUUCAAGCACAAUCAAAGGCUCUCACUCGCCCGCAAUAUGAACAUAAAAUAGAUGUCUGUGUACGAGAUGAAACAUAUAUUUAUUUAAACCGGAAACAUGUACAGAAGGCUCUCCACGCUCGUCUUGUGGGUGUCACCAAUUGGAGUAUAUGCAGUAAAGUUAUCCACUAUAAGCUGCUGAACUUAGAGAUACCAACAGUUCCUAUCCUGUGCUCACUUAUCCAAUCUGGGAUUAGGGUCAUGGUUUACAGUGGAGAUCAAGAUUCUAUUAUACCAUUGACUGGGAGUCGGACAUUGGUCCAUGGAUUAGCAAAGGAAUUGGGACUGAACACAACUGUGACGUAUAGAGUUUGGUUUGCACAGAAGCAGGUUGGCGGAUGGACACAAGUUUAUGGUGAUAUCCUAUCCUUUGCCACCAUUAGAGGAGCUUCUCAUGAAGUUCCGUUCUCACAACCAGAGAGAUCACUUGUGUUGUUCAAUGCAUUUUUAGAAGGCAAGACACUGCCAACUGCACUGUAAUCAACUGAGAAAUCCUUAUGGGAGUAGUGAAUACUUCAAU